AUGAAAAACGAGGCAUCGGAUAAAACUCCUCCAUCAACUCCCGGACGCGAAAAAUCGCCGUCCGUAUCGGCCACCACAACUCCACCUAAUAAUAAGGAUACCUCAGAUCCCUCUACACCCAAGAAACGUACCGUAGACUCGGAUCUCCCUGCUUCUUCAAACAAGGUUGAAGAUAUUGUGUCAAUGGAAGUCGAACUACAUAUUUUUAAUCCACCUACUGGAGAUUUUGUAUUAAGGGCAUCAAAUGUUACAGCGAGAAUUAUAGAGGGGGGAAGAUUUGAAUACUGGCUGAUCGUCGAUGAGGGUCCCACAAGGCACAUUGGUCAGCGAAUCGAGCCUAGGAUGAAUCCCGUGUUUAAUUCGACCCAUCAAUGCCUCAUAUGGUGUUACUUCUCUGACUCGGGUCAAAUAUUUUCCUUCUUGAUUCGUUUUCGUAAUAAGGAAGAUGAAUAUAAUUUCAAAAGGCAAUAUACAAUUUGCAUGUAUGAAACACUUAAUGAGACGAGAGCAAAGGAAGACGAUCGAGAAUAUAUAAUGAAUGCUUACCAAGAGGAUGUAGAUAUGCCAGAUGCCGAUGCAUCCGAUCAAGAAGAGACAGAAGAAGAAUUUGCAACAAAUAUCAGCGAAAUAAAGAAGCCUAGCGGAGGAAGAUUCAUUCCCGAGAAAGGGAUGUUACACGAAGAAGACUCUUCUAUUAUUUUACUCGAUCCUCAGGAUGAAAAUAGUUUGUUCAAAAUGGAUUUGGAAUAUGGCAAGGUGGUGGAAGAGUGGAAGGUUCACGAUAUUAUUCCUGUGUCAAAUAUAUUCCCUGGGAGCAAAUAUGCGCAAACAACCGCCGAAAAAACUUUUAUCGGGAUGUCACAUAAUUCACUGUAUCGAAUCGAUCCUCGGUUAUCAGGUCAGAAGAUGAUCGAUUCUCAACUUAAGCAAUACGUGACCAAGAACAAUUUUACUUGCGGUGUGACGGACGAAAAAGGUCACAUAGCUGUGGGAAGCGAGAAGGGGGAUGUCAAAUUGUUUGACACUUUAGGAAAAAAUGCAAAGACCAAUUUACCCGCUCUCGGUAGUGGCAUCAAAGGCAUCGAUGUGACUGCUGACGGUAAAUGGAUUAUCGCCACCACCGCUCGUUACCUAUUACUUCUGAACACAGAAAUCAAAACCGAUCCGAAUAAACCGCUAGGAUUUGAAAAGAGUUUUCCCAAAAAUCAAAAGCCUAUUCCCCGACGGUUGCAAUUGCGUCCGGAACACUUGUCAAUGAUGGAGGAACAGAUUCAACACCGUAGAUUCGGGAUUGGAGAAGACUAUAGUAACCAGUUACGUGGAACUUUAGAAAAGUAA